AUGAUCAAUAGAGACCUAAUACAGUUUUUAAUAACCAUUUCUAUUCCUUUUUUACUUCAAAAAGUUUUAGAAUAUCUAAGACGUCGCAAUAGUUCUUCAUACAAUAUCCAUCAAAACAACCAGCAAAAAAAGCAUGAACCAACACGAGCAGAAUAUUCUGUUACCGCAUUACUAAUCCUAACAGUUCUCUACCACCUUUACUACCUCUUAAUCUCUGUACCCGAGAACAUUUUUAGUACACUAAGAGUUCCACUAAGAACGCCCACCACUCAGCUGAAAUUUUUACUUGGGACCGCGUCAAAAAGAUACACGCAACCCGUAAUUGACACAUUAUCAACGAAAUUUGCCUCGCUCGAAAACCGAUACUUGUACACCACUUAUGGUCAUGAAGCUUUUCUCGAUUGUAUUUAUUGUCGUGAUGCGACCGAUUACUUUUAUUACAUUCUGCCAAAAAUCACAUUCUCAUAUGUCGUCAUGGUGGCAAUAAUGGGUCUGGCGACAAUGCUUCGACGAAAACAAGACUAUCGAACGUACAGUGUUGUAUUUCUGGUGGUUUGUGGAGCAUUUGACAUCUAUUCAUAUGCAACGCUCGAUCUUCGACUCUUGAUUUCAAAUUCCGCGAUAUCAGUUGAUUACUAUCACUACUCAACGGCCGAUUUUUAUCGUCGGUUAGCAUUUUUGGGUGUCUCGUUCGCGAUAUUAAUCUUGAACAGGACCGACGUGAGAACCGAAGCAGAAAUUUUACUGGAUCUGCAGAGAUCUCAAGAAUAUGUGAUAGCAAGAUUAAAAGGCGCGACUUUGCAACGUGCAGCGAUUCUGAGGGAUACUGGAUUACGAAAAACGUUCGUCGAUUAUUACAAGCGUGUGGAAGUGGAAGAGGGUGUGAUUCACUCCGAUCCGGAAUAUAAAAAGGCGAGGGCGGCUGCCUUGGCUAAAUUGAACGUUGAAAAUCUGACAAGGGAUGCAGAGUUAUAUGUUGAAAAUUUAACGAAGGUCAGGGAAAGUGAAGGAAUAUCGACGCAUAGAGAGCGGAAUGAUAUGUACAGAGCUGUCGCAACAAAUUCAACAUUAGUGGGUGGAGGCGCUCUCAGCAAUGAAAACGAUAUUGGCGGCUUAUAA